AUGAGGAUGUCCCUCUUUCUCUUUGCCGUCUUCUUCUUUCUGGCCCCAGCCAGGAGUGGAUUUCUUGAGGAGAAAUGCUACAAGCUUAAAGGGAGAUGCAUGGAGUCCUGUCAGAUAAAUGAAGAACUUGUAGGUCUCUGCCGGAAGUCUCUGAAAUGCUGUGUGACACUCCAGCCAUGUUGGAAAAGUAAGGAAAACGCUUAAGAUUCCAGAGCAACAAGGACGACCCACCUCCAUCGUGUUUUGACUCUGGCCUCCAGU